AUAAAGCCAUUGAAAGCCAAAAGGCACACACAUACGCCUUUAAUUAAACUCUGAACAGAGCAAUGAUUGUUUUUUAUCUUUUGCCAACUUCCUUUUACUGCUGCUACUCAUUGCUGCACUGCUUCAGAUAAUGGAUCUAAUGAAUUCGCUUGAGACUGCAGACGUUCAGUCACAGCCUGCUGUCCCGCUGUCUCCCUCUAUACAUGUUCCUCCCACACUGAGAGCUGGUGAGUGUUACCAUGUCUUCAUUAGCUACAGCAGCACUGACUACCAGUGGACCCACUCCCUCAUUAACCAACUGGAGUCCUGCGGCCUGCAGGUCUGCUACCAUGAGCGUGACUUCACUCCUGGCCGCACCGUGUUGGAAAAUAUGUCCGACUGCAUCCUGGAAAGCCAGAAGGUCCUCCUGGUUCUCAGCCCAGAGUUUGUGAGGAGCCGCUGGUGUCUCCUGGAGGCCAACAUGUCUUUGUUCAGAGACUGUCUGGAGAGGAAACCCAUCGUCCCAGUAUUGCUGGAUCCAGGACUGUCUGUUCCUCUCCACCUCUGCCACCUCACCUACCUGGAGGCUAACAACCCUGACUUUAAGGAUAAACUACUCAAGGUGCUCUGCACCCCCAACCUGCAGCUUCAAGGGUCCACUGUGGUACCCUUCCAGCCUCCCUCCAUCUACAACGGAAAGGCCCUGCAGCCUUUGACUGCUGUCAAUGCUGAGGGACUAUAUAAAUGGGAUUCUGGUCAGUUCAGUGACAUGGAGGUACCAGACCAACUGCGACUGAUCAUUGAGGACCACGAGAAGUACAGAAAGGCUGUGAGGAUGAUCAAUAGUGUCUCUCAAAAUAAAAUGAGACUCUGGGUUAGAGCACUGAUGUUUACUACUGCUACGAUAUGUAUAUUACUAAUGUAUGCUCUAUUCAUAUAUGCUAUAUAUCAGUUAACAGAAGCAUACCUUAAUGGCAAGAACAAAACUCUUUGGGCGGUGACUUUGUCUUGUAUCUGCUGUGUUUUAUUAGGGUGGUUCAUUCGGCUUGGUCUCUGGAAAAAGGAUGAAGUGAAGUACAUAGUGAGGGAGAUGCAGAAAGCUGUAGGUCAAGCAAACACAAUCCUCUCUGAGGAGAAGGUGUUAAUGGGCUGUUGCUCCAAUUCAGCAAUCCAUCUGGUCUAUGUUUCUCUGGAUGGUUGCAAACAUGAGUUUGCAGAAACAUUUUCUGAGCAGGUUGUUGCUAUGGAUAUGUUUCAAAGGGCUUUGAUCUUCUUCUCAUCGGGUUACGCUUGCUGCCUUGCUAAAAGACACUUUCCCUUUCCCACGCCCAGCUCCACUGGUCACCUGGAGGGAGGGGUGUGUUUCUGUCAGUACGUCUCUCAGCAGCUGUGUAAGGGGCAGUGGGAAUAGCAGUAUUAGUAUGGACUUGGAAUUCAUGAGUAAGUCAGUACAAAUAGUGAUUCAAGAGAAACAGUAAUAUCUUCAAAAUGACCCAAACAUUUUAUCAGGAUUCCCAAACAAUUAAUUUUAAAAUAUAAUUUGCUAUUGUCUUGAAUAAAAAAGAAUCAAAAAGAUUUUUAAUUUGCAGGAAAGGAUAUUUAUUUUGUUUUUCAUCUCUCGAUUUUACUUGCUGUUAACAUGUCAGUUGUAUUCAUAGAGACUGAGUGACUUAUUGAAUUCUCUGCCUGACCUAAUUACAUACGAACAAUUCCAAAGAAAGUAGUAGUUUUAAAAAGGUGGGUUACUUGAUGAUAAGUUUCAGAAGAAAAUAAGGCAUGUCAUAGAGAAAGAAAAUUACCGUCAUGGUAAUUUUAUAAUUAUCUUUUAACAGUGAGACCAAAGGGGCAUUAUUCAGUCAAUAUUCAGCUGUAGUUACUACAGUAUACAAUCCUCAGUUAUCAUUGAGUAAUGUUCAUGUCAAAUGUGAAAAUGUGAACUGGUGACGUCAAAAUCUUGUUUGUUUGAUCAGCACUGCCUAGUUUGACAGUUUGAUCAGAGUUUCAUGCGGUGCACUGGACAGACUCACUAAGAACGACUUGUCAAUCACAAGAUAGCCAUGUCUUAAAAGCAUACCCUGCUUUAGUCUAAAUGUGACCAUAAUUUACAAAAUGAACAUCAUGCUGUAUGGAAGAAGACUUGAAACUAGCAAUUAAGACCAUAAACUCAUUAGGAAAAUGUUUACUGAGCUAACAAAUAGGGUAAUUAAAUGCUAUAUGUGCCCUUUUUUUUCUUUCCGCCCCUGCCCUUCAAAAAGUCUGUGCACGCCACUGGGUUUAAGACACUUCCACAUUGACUUCACUUCACAGAAGCUCUGUCCUCUAUAUACUGUCAUGGUUAAUGUCCGGUGUAUAAAUAGUGAACACACCUGAAGAACAACCAAAACCAGGACCAGUUUUUCCACCAGGGUGAACAUACACAAUACAAUAUAAAAGCUGCAGAAAAAUUGGUAAAUAUUAAAAGAAACUCUGGUAUCUUUGUAAACUUACAUAUCAUUAAACUUACGUCAUUUUUCUAUUCUGUUCUGUUUUCUAUUCUGUGCUUUGUAUCUGAAUGGACCAUUUACAGCAUCUGUGUACAUGGGUGUAUUUUGUUUUAUUUAUAGAUUCCAUUUGAUCUAAUUUGGCUUUUUCCACUUAAAACCAAAUGACAUCCUGCAUUACUGCCAUAUUUUGAAUGUUACUUGUAAUAUUUUUGUGUUUGAUCAUUUUCAUGCAUUUCAAUUGUUAAUAAAUAAUAAUCAGCAUUUUUUAAUCACAAAACCAAUAAAACAUGUGACAUCACAA